AUCCUUUUUUUGCCCUCUAUUAGCCAAGGAAAACUUUGCAACUUCGCUGUCGGAGAGAAGCCGCCGCCGCUGCUGCGUUUCAUUUUGUUUUUUUAAUUCGAGGUCACGUGUGCGCUGACAGUGUCUUUGAUUCCAAGCGAUGGUCUCGUCUCCAGCUUAGGAAGAGCUUUUGAGCUCUUCCCUCUGUUGUUUUCUCUCUGUUCAGGAACAAAGAGAUUUUUUUCUGCCUUUAAUUAAAAGGAAUAUUAAUUCCCCGCUCCUUUGUGGAGCGACUCGAAGACACUCUGCGAACGCCCGUCUGCUCGGCGCCGCGGUGGGCGAGCUGUGCCGCGGUGCGGGGCAUGGAGGAGCGGGGGAGCCAGCCCGAAAGCCCGCGGCACACACGGAGCAGCAGCCGCGGAGGAUGCUGACAGCCUCGGUGCUCGGGUGAGCAGCCCAUGGAGCCGAGCUGCCGCCUGGGGCGGGCUCUUGGACCCUCGGAGGUUUGUGAGGCAGGAAUCCUGCCGGCAGUUUGCACACAGGGAGAGGUUCCGUGCCUGGGGAGGCGAGUGGAGGCGAGCCGGGCUGUGCCAGGGGGGUUUGCCCUGCCGGCUGCCUCCCGUGCUGGCAGAUAACGCGGAGACGCCGCCAUGCCCGACUCGCCGGCCGACGUGAAGACGCAGGCGCGCUCCUCGCCGCCCAGCAUGCCCCCGCCCGCCGCCCAGGGAGCCUCCCGCCACCCCUCCUUCACUCCCAGCACCAAUCGAGACGCUGGCCCUCCGACGUUUCUGCCUCGCGGCCGUUUUCAUGGUUGCUUGAAAUGGUCGAUGGUCUGUCUUUUGAUGAACGGGAGCAGCCACUCGCCAACCGCCAUCAAUGGGGCUCCGUCCACCCCCAACGGGUUCAGCAACGGGCCGGCCACCUCCUCCAGCGCCUCCCUGUCCACCCACCAGCUCCCUCCAGCCUGUGGUGCCCGCCAGCUCUCCAAGCUGAAGCGCUUCCUCACCACCCUGCAGCAGUUUGGGAACGACAUCUCCCCCGAGAUCGGGGAGCGGGUGCGCACCCUCGUCCUGGGGCUCGUGAACUCCACCCUCACCAUCGAGGAGUUCCACGCCAAGCUCCAAGAGGCCACCAACUUCCCUCUGCGACCCUUCGUCAUCCCCUUCCUCAAGGCCAACCUGCCUCUGCUGCAGCGGGAGCUGCUGCACUGCGCCCGCAUGGCCAAGCAGACCCCGGCCCAGUACCUGGCCCAGCACGAGCAGCUGCUGCUGGACGCCAACGCCUCCUCUCCCAUCGACUCCUCCGAGCUGCUCCUGGAGGUGGGCGAGAGCGGCAAGAGGAGGACGCCAGACAGGACCAAAGAGAACGGUUUGGACCGAGACCCCCUGCACCCCGAGCACCUCAGCAAGCGGCCGUGCACCAUGAGCCCAGCGCAGCGCUACAGCCCCAGCAACGGGCUGAGCCACCCCCCAAACGGGCUGGGGCACCCCCCCGCCGGCCCCCCCCUGCCCCAGCACUACCGCCUGGAGGACAUGGCCAUGGCACACCACUACCGGGACAGCUACCGGCACCCCGAGCCCCGCGAGCGCCCGCGGCCCGCCGCCGUGCACGGGACGCGGCAGGAGGAGGUGAUCGACCACCGGCUCACGGACCGGGAGUGGGCCGAGGAGUGGAAGCACCUCAACAACCUGCUGAACUGCAUCAUGGACAUGGUGGAGAAGACGCGGCGCUCGCUGACGGUGCUGCGGCGGUGCCAGGAGGCCGAUCGCGAGGAGCUCAACCACUGGAUCCGGCGCUACAGCGACGCCGAGGACAUGAAGAAAGGCAGCCCCCCCUCGGCACGCCCCCACAACUCCUCCUCCUCGGCCGCCGCCGAGGCUCCCCAGUUAGACGCUCACCGGGACUUCGCGCCGCGGCCGCUCUCCGGGUACAUGCCCGAGGAGAUCUGGAGGAAGGCUGAAGAAGCCGUGAACGAGGUGAAGCGCCAGGCCAUGUCCGAGCUGCAGAAGGCCGUGUCGGACGCCGAGCGCAAGGCCCACGAGCUGAUCACCACCGAGCGCGCCAAGAUGGAGCGGGCCCUGGCCGAGGCCAAGCGCCAGGCGUCCGAGGAUGCCCUCACCGUCAUCAAUCAGCAGGAGGACUCGAGCGAGAGCUGCUGGAACUGCGGGCGGAAGGCGAGCGAGACGUGCAGCGGCUGCAACACGGCGCGCUACUGCGGCUCCUUCUGCCAGCACAAGGAUUGGGAGAAGCACCACCACGUCUGCGGGCAGACUCUGCAGGGGCUGCCGGGCCCCGCCGCGCCCGGGCCGGGCCAGCCCGACGCGGUGCCCGCCGUGGCCAGCAGCCCCAGCGAGGCGGGCUCGGUGGCCGCGUCCCGCGCCGGCACCCCGGCCACGCCGGCGCCGCUGGACAGCGCGUCCCGCUGAGCCGGAGCCACGCGCUGACUGACUGACUGCACCCCGUGCAAUUUCCUCAGCUACCUGACUGACUCGUGUGACCUCCGAAACGACCUCUCUAGCUCUCACAACUAAUCCUCACGGAUCCUCAAACUGGGCUUUAAGUGGAGUUAAGGCAAAUACCGGUCUCUGUUCUUUCUUCAGUCAUUGUUUUGGCUUUUUUUCGGUUGGUUUUCUAUCGGUUGGGGGAUUGUGGUUUGGGAUUUUUUGGGUUUUUUGGCUGGUUUUGUUUUUCUUUUUUUGCUCUUUGGAUGAGGGAUUUGGCUCCAGCAUCACCAAGCAGUGCUGUGGGGAGAGACCAGCCCGAUGCCAUCCCCCAUCAGCGCUGCCGAGGGGCUCACUUGGAGGAGGAAAGAACCUUCUUUUCUUCAUAUCUCUCUUCCUAUUUUUUUAUUUUUUUCUUUUUACCAUUUUUUUUUUUUGUAAAAAAAAAUAAAGAAAAUAAAAAAGAAAACGUCGGACUCUUUGGCUUUAAGUAAGAAAUUGUAAAAAAAAAAAAAAAAAAAGAAAAAAAAAAGGAAAAUCCAAAAACCAGACGACGCGUGACGGACGCUCACCUGUAACUACCUUGCUAGCUAGCCAAGAACAGACCAGACUCACCUCUGCUCCAAAGGAAAUCCAAAACCAAGGAAGAUCCAAACGUCUCUCCACUGCCAAAGUUCGUUUCGUUCUGUUGUCGCUUCCUUCCCCUCCCCACAAGGAUGGAUGGACAUGCCCCUGGGGCUUUAAAGAAUUUCUAUUAAAAUAAAGCAAAAAAAAAAAAAAAAAGGUGUUUUUUUACUAAAACCCCAACCCCCAAGGCGUGGGAGGGGGAGAUGGGGCUGAGAACCGCAGCCGGAGCUGGCACAUCUCUACCUCUGCCCGCCACCACCCUGGAAAAGGAGAACAAAAAGGAGAUUAAAAAACAAAAAAAAAAGAGAAUAAUUUAAAAAAUUUUUUAAAAAAAGGAAGUUAAAAGACAGAUUUUGGGUUUCUCCCUCUCCAAAGCCGUCGGGGAACCCCCCAUCCCUUCACUGCCAGGCUGCUCCCACACCCCACACUGGAUUUGUUUCACAAGGAUUUUUAAGAGGAAAAGAAAAGGAAAAGGAAAGGAAAAGGAAAAGGAACGCUGCCGCCUUCCUGGCCAAGGACAAUGUGGAUUAUUGGGAUUCUUGCCUCGCUGGAGCAGCACGGAGGAGGAAGUGCAAUAGGGGAAGCCCGAGCUCCGAGCGGAGGCAGCAGUGCUGUGCGCUAAUGUGAAUGUAAAUAGUGUCUGCAGAGGUCCAAAAAUGAACCAUAAUAAUAAUAAUAAUGAUGCUAGUGAUAAUAAUAAGAGACGUUUGCCAAAUAAAGGAUGAGGAGGAAGCGUGGAGCCGUGGCGCUGGCCCGAGCGGGCCUGGCAUCGAGAGGAGCUGUAGUUUUUCUGCAUUUGCAAAACCCAUCCUGUGUGUUUUCCGUAGGGGAGGAAGAGGAGGGCAGGGCUCGGGGCCGGGGGGUUGUGCUGCCGGUCACAGGGCUGGGCUGGGCCACAGCAGAGCUUGGGACACGCCAAGGGUGACGGCCCUGUGCCACUGUCACCCAGCCCUGCUGGUGGUUCUGUGCGCCCCAAGGCCUUGGUGCAUCCCCUGGGAGGGCUCUGCGCACCCCAAAAUCUUGGUGUGUCACCUUGGGUGAGUUCUGUGCACCCUGAGACCCCGGGGGCUUUCUGUGCACCCCGAGAUCUCUCUGAAUCCUCGCAGGGUUGUUGUUCUGAGGUCUCGGUGCAUCCCCCCCAGGAGGUUUCUCUGCACCCCGAGAUCUUGGUGCAUCCUCCUGGGAGGGUUCUGUGCACCCCAAGGUCUUGGUGCCUCCCCCCAGGGGUUUCCUGUGCACCCCAAGGUCUUGGCCCAACCCCAGGGACGUUUCUGUGCCCCCCAAGACUUCGUUGCACCCCCUGGGUGGUUUCUGUGCCCCCCACCCCAACCCUGGGGGCUUCGCCAGGUGCCCCUCCCGUGACUGUUCACUUUAUUUAUGGUGUGACAUAUGUAAUAUUGUCUAUUUUUCUUACGUUUCCUGAGAAGAGGUAAUAUAUAAGAGUAUUGCAGAUGCCCCUGCUCGCCCGGGUGUCCGGCCCGUCCCCGCCUGUCCCCGCCUGUCCCUGCCCGUCCCCGCCGCCCCCGGCCCCGCUCCUGCCGGGGCUCUGCCUCUCUACCUCCACCUCGCCGGGAAACCGGGGGCGAGAUCCCUUCCCCAGGGUCUGCUCUCCUUUCCGCUCCGCUCCCUGCUGGUUUGCUUUUUUUUUUUUUUUUCCUUUUUUUUUUGAAUGAUUUUAAAUUUUUUUUCAAUUUUAAUUAAGAAUAAAACUACCCUACAGAACCUUGCAUUGAAACCAAAAGCCGAGGGAGGGGAGGGAGGGCACGGCGGUGACGGGCGGCCAAACCAGAACGACAGCUUUAAAUGUCAGAUUUCCCAAAAAAAAUUAAAAAAAAAAAAAAAGAAUUGUGCUGCGGGGAGGACGGAGCGGCCGCGGGGCUGCGGUGAUGCUGCGGGCGCUUUCCCGGGGCUUUGCUCCGGAAUGGUGGUGCUGGGGACCAAGGCACCUGUGCCCCUUUGGUGGCACCUCGGAGGUGGCAGCGUGGUGCUGGCACAGCCUGGCCGGGCCGGGUGCUGUGGGGCAGCCUGGGGACACGGGGUGCCACGUCGGGGACACGGGGACAGCGUGUGGCAGGUGCCCGUGCCCGCGGGGAGGCAGAGCCCGGGGCGCUGCGGUGGCACUGGGAGGUGGCAGGAGGGACGUGGCUCUCUCGGGGUCCCCUCUCCAACCUCUCGUUCCCAACCCACAAUCCCAGCUGAAACCAAAGUGCCGCGUCCCGGCGAGGCUGGAGCAGGGUCCCACACCUGCCUGGCCUUUGCUCCAUCACUGCCAGAGCCCCCCGAACUCCCCUGCAGCAUCUCCUCCUCCUCCUCCUCCUCCUCUUCCUCCUCCUCCGGGGGCUGCCGGGGUCCCCUCCGCAUCCCAGCGGCUCUGAGGCUGGGGACAGGAUGCCGCUGUGUCCCCCGGUGCCAGGCACUGUGAUGGGGUGUCCCCCGUGCGGUGGCAGCCCCGGGGGCUCCUCCGGUGUCACCGAGCGCCACGGCCCCGGCGGGGAGGGGGUGCCGCUGUCCCCCGUCCCUGGCGGCCGCUUCCCCGAGCCCGUGCGGGGCCGAGCCCUGCCAGCCCCGGCUUGGGGACACCGGGGGGCUGGAAAGCAGAGCCCCCGGCCGGGCCAGGCGUGGGGCCAGCCCACGACGAGAGAUGACGUGGUAGGACUUUCCUUCGGCAUGCUGUCCCCCCUUGCUGUUCCCCGCUUUCUCUAAGUGUACUGUAUGUUUGACCUGUGAAAGAUGUAAACUUUAUGAUUCAGGUUAUGUCUGUUCUUAACUCUGUAUCUGUGUAAUAAAGACAAUUUAAUAUCAA